UCUUUUACUAGCCUGUGACUUCGACCAAAAUGUCAAAAAAGCUAUACACGACGUAUGAUUAUAAAAUUAUGUUGAGUAAUAUAUUGUUGAGCUAACGAAAAUUCCAUAAGAAAUAUGACUGAGGAUCAAGAUGGUAAAGACUCACAGUCAGAUUCGGGUUCCAAGACAUUCAUCAACAAGAGCAAGGACAAGAAAUCUAAGAUACAUCGUCCGUUGACAAAAAUAAUUCUUCGACGUUUACCGCCCACGAUGACUGAGGAAACGUUUUUGGAGCAAGUAUCGCCUAUUCCAGAGCAUGACUAUUUUUAUUUUGCCAAACCGGACCCGACUUUGGGCAAUAACCUAUUUUCUAGAGCGUAUAUCAAUUUCGUUAACGUGGAAGAUAUUUUUCUGUUCCGAGAUAAAUUUGACGGUUAUGUUUUCUUAGAUGAAAAAGGUGGAGAAUAUGUAGGCAUAGUUGAAUAUGCACCCUUCCAAAGAAUUUCAAAGAAAAAAAAGAAGAAAGAUCCUAAAUGUGGAACACUUGAGAGUGACCCAAUUUAUCAAGAGUUUAUCGAGAGUCUGAACAAAGAUCCUGAGGUUGAGAGCCAACCUAAACUAGAAUAUUCUUACCCAAUAAAUGAUGUUAGUGAAAAAAAAACACAAUCAACACCUUUGCUGGAAUAUCUAGCCGCACGUAAACUAGACAAGAGAGGUAGAGAUGAACGUCGUAGGCGCGAUAAUGACAAGAGAAAAAUGAGAAUUGAACGAAAAACAAAGGAAGGUCCUAUCAAGGAAGAAGAUAAUGAGGAUACAGAAGUAAGAAAAAUUAAAACCAGAGAAUCUGAGAAAGAGAAGAAAGAUUCUAAAGAAGAUCAAACAAAACUGGACGACGGGAUGGUAUUCGAAUCUAAAUCAUACAAAGAACGUAAACCUAAUUUGAAAAUUGAUAAAAAGAAGAAAUCUGAAAACGAUAGGACUGAAAAAGAGGACGAAGUAGGAGAUGAUCUUGACGGGCAGAAAAAGGAUAAACGCGAAAAAAAUAAGAUACAAGAAUCUCCACGUGAGCAAAAGAGUAAAAAAUACAGCGACACUAGGAAAGAGAGAAUCAAACAAAAUGUUUUAAUUACAAAAUCUGAGAAAGAAUAUGCUCUUUCGAAGCUUAUAUCUCUAUGUCCCAAAAGUACUGCACUCAGUAAUGAUAUUAAACCAUUCACUCAACUGCCUCAAGUGAAAACUGAUGACUUAUCCAAGAUUAUUGAUGGAAUGGAUAAAAAAACAAAGCUUGAAGCAAAAGAAGAAACGACACGAAACUCAAAAGAUUCAGACAAAGUUGAGACUAAGAGUAAUGUACGCAGAAAUAGCCUUGACUCAAAUAAAGCCACAAGCAAUGAUGAAUCUGAUUCAAAGAAAACAACCUUCGAAGAAAGACCAAAAUCUUCGGAACGUGAAGGAUCGGAAGAGAAAGAAAAAUGUGACGGCGAACGUCGCGCUGAACGCAGAAUAAGAAAUAAGGAUCGGCCCAGUCUCGUGAUUUACCAGCCCGGCAUGGGGAAGUUUAGUAAACAGCGUCUCGCGAAAGAAAAGGAAACGAUCCCGACGAAAGUGAGCGACAGUGAAAAGAAAGACACUUGAAGAUACGGUACUUUUCCCAGUUAUUGGACGACUUUAAACGGAUAUGACCUGAAACUGGCACUUGAUGCAUGUCCACGCGGAGUCACUAAGGGAGGACAUGAAUAUGCCAAACGAAGGAACAGCUGCUGUCGUGUUCAUUGAAGCCUGCCCUAAUUGAUUUGUUUAGUUUAUAUGCAUUAUAAAUGAGUCGGAAAUCUUCAACAUAAAAAUUGAAAUAUACCAUUCCUUGUUUUUGCCCUCUUGUUUAUAGAUUAUGACCGAUUUAGUUCAGUUUGUUUAUUUCAAUAAAAUAUAAUAUUUUAAUUGGGA